CCAUCUUGCAGUUGCUUCCCCUGAAUGUUCAUGUGAUACAUUUGUAAACAUGUCGUCGGAGAAAUUCGAGUCAUUAGAAGAUGACUUGACUUCGAUCAUCGACGGUUUAAGGGAGAGAAUUGAGAAGAAGAUCCCAGUAUAUCGAGGAGAGGAAAAGAAAACAGCAAUUCGCCAUGCAGGACGAAAUUUGGAGGAGGCAGAAUUUGUUUUGCAAGAAAUGGAAGAGGAAGCCAAGGUGGCACCAGUACCCUAUAGAACACAAAUGCUUGGGAAGCUCCGAAAUUAUCGACGGGACUUGGAGCAAGCUUCGAAGUUAUUGAAAAAGGAGAGUGGAAAACCUGUAGGUGGUUCAGAUAACUAUGGAUUUGACAGAGAUGAUCGGAUUGUAGCCUCACAGCGCUCUAAGCUGAUGCAUGGGACCCAGUCCCUCAACAGGGCCUCUGAGAGUCUGGCCAGGACACAGCAGGUGGCAGCCGAGACAGACAUGAUCGGUGUGGACACUAUAGACGAGCUGGGCAGACAGAGAGAGUCUCUUGUACGCACUAAAGGCAUGUUGGAUGAAACUGAUGGAAAUCUCUCCAAAAGUAGAAAAAUUCUCAAAUCUAUGGCAACAAGGGUGAUGACAAAUAAGAUGAUUUUAAUUGUGAUAAUACUUUUAGAACUGGCACUACUAGGUGGACUUGUGUACUGGAAGUUUUUUUCGUGAUGCAAGGACUUAUUAAUAUGAUUCAUAACUUUGAUCAGAAAGUAAUGGUAUGAAUGGUGCAAAUAGGCUGUGAUUCAGAUAGACUCUGGAGUUUCUUGUUUAGCAACCUUAUACAAAGUGAUUGAUUCAGAACAAAAGCAGUCACAAUCAUGUAGUAGAGAAGAGUAUAUACUUACACCCUAUGUCAAGUUCCGGUUUGAAAAAAAAUCAAUCUAUUUUGAUUUUUCAUUACAACCAACAUUCCUUACUGAUAAAUUAUAUUUUAAUGUUCAGAAUAAAAAUAUUGAUAAUGUUCCAUGUAUGAGACAAUGAAAAAAUAUAAAUAUUUAAUAUUAUUACAAAGAUAGGCAAUACCACCCUUAUGUAUUCAUCAGACAUAUCGGAUAGCACAAGGUUAGGUGCCGAGUAAUAUUUCAUUAGCGCUAUCUAAGAUGUCCGAUGAACACACAAGUGGUAUGUCUUUUUAUUCCAUACAUAAAAUGUGCUAUCUUCAUCUAUACAACAAUCUAACACCUCAACCAAACAGGUUUUUUCUAGAAUUUUUACCUAUUUUCAUUCUUUGAAACCUGUGUGGCGUAAGUGGUUGUCAAUGAUGUUACUAUACAGGGGUGAAAGUGUACGGAUGUAAUGAUACUUUUGUAAGAUGUAUUGUCGCGAUUGGGGGAUUAUCACUAGCUGAUCUUCAUUUCUGGUUUUAUAUCUUUUUCAUUUUCUUGUCUUAAUUGAAGCAUACAUAUUUCAUUUCUGCAUAAGUGAACUGCGCUUUGACAGACAGGGGCUAAAAUGUUAUCACUUGGUAUAACCUCUCUAUCCUCAAAGAAAAAAGCCAGCAAUAGCCUUUAAUACUCUGUUGAAUGGAAGUGUUCAGUUUAUUUGUAGUAUAAACAUUUUUAAUGUGUUUCAUUCAUUGAUAUUCCCUCUUUAGUCCUGUCCAUUAUCAGAUAAAGCAAGCUUGAAUGGGUAUAUUUGGUUGUUGUCUUAUAUGCAUUCAAAUUCGCAAUAUAUAUAUUUAAUUUGUACAUAGAAAGAAUAUAAUGUGUAUAAAAAGAUGAUUAAAAUGGUU